AUGGGGGAAGAUGUUUGUAACUUGAAUGACCAUCAGAGUGUACAACCACGAACAGUUUCUACGGAACGUCAGUGUGUAGUCCAUUUGGGUGCUCCUCAUGUCAGUGAGAUUGGUAAUUCUUCGUCAUCUUCUAGCGCCGCAGCAUCGCCAGUUCACGAAGAAUACACUCGUAAUCAUUACGACACGGCACCGCAUUACACGAAUCUUGGUUGUUCAAAUCAGUCCAAUCGCUCAUUCAGUGUUGGAACAACAGCUGAUAUGAGUUGUUCAGGUAUGCAUGGUAUGAGCGAAUGGGACUGGACGAGUAUGUCUGAACACAAUUUUGCCGAACUCUGCGUUUUUCAUGUUCCGGAUAAACCUUUGGAGCAUCAGGAUCCUGACAACCGGGCAGCGACUUCAUUACCACUGAAUUUGACGCUGCGAUCAUCGCAGGAAAUUUCAAAGGCUAUAGGAGUAUGGAGUAUGGAUUAUAUACCUCGUGGAGUCCGUUUUGGACCAUUAGUUGGUGAAUAUAGAAAGCCAGAUAUUGCUGAAGCGACAGUAUCACCAGCAGAAGCAAGUGGUGCUGGAGAAGCUGCUAGUAACGCUCACAUAAAUAGUGGAAUUACCUCUACUCAGCUAAUUUCGGAUAAUAUUUGGAAGGUGUUCAGUAGUAGUGGAAGUAUUCUCGUCAAAAUGAUAGAUGCAAAAAAUGACAAAAAGAGUAACUGGAUGAAAUUUGUAAAGCCCGCAAAAUCUAAGGAAACUCAGAAUCUUGUGGCUUGUCAGGUGGAUAACGAAAUUUAUUUUUAUUCUAUAAAACCAAUCAAGCCAAAUACAGAGCUUUUAUUUUGGUACAGUCGCGACUACGCUCAGAGAAUCAACUGUUCUCCGUCUUGUGAGUACUGGUCUUCGUCAUUACCUCAGAAAAAAUUAAUGGCCCUCCUUGUAGCAUCUAAGAGCAACGAACCGGCUGCUCCGCUAAGCAUAGCUCGCCUUGAUGGUGACGAGUCAGAACCUACGCCGGCUCCCCAGAAAGCACUGGAUUACUCCAUGAAAAAGAAUUUUGAGGUGAAUAUGGAAAACUCAUCAAAACCAAAUAUUGAAUCACGAUCUCCUACGACUUUGUCAUCAGCAAGUGAUGUCACACCUUUACUCAGCGACGACUGCGCCUCCAGCGUAAAUUCUGCUUCUUCGACUUCUUCCCCGACACCAAUGCCAGUGACAGAUGAAAUGAUAUCAAGACCAAAUGUAAUUCAAAACCCAGUUCAUCGCCCUGUCCCAACAAAAUUACCACAACCUACAGUAGCUCAGGUUGGGCCCCCUUUGUCACCCAUUCAGCCGAGCCCGAUUCAUUCUUAUUCCUUACUGCAUGAGUUCUGGAGAAGAAGCUCCGCGUUAGGAGUAACACCAGGCGGCAUUUGGGUACCACCUCAACCAAAUCACGGAGUUGCGCCAACUCCACAAGUUGCUGGACGACCGUGCUCUCCAGGACGUCCACCGGCUUGCCCACCUGCUCCAGCAUUUGGAGCGACCGCUAGUCCUCCUUUCGGAACAGCUUUUGCCACAACGAUAUAUUCGUCGACUACUCCAACAAAACCUUCGUUUUUCGCUGCUCAACCCCAAACUCUUCUUCCGCUGGGCCUUAGCGCUCCUCCGCUGGCAACGUCUCCAACAGCAUUUCAAGCGGCUUCUAGCAAUCCCAUUUCUAGGAGUCAGUCGCUGCAGAACCAAAAGUAUCUUCAGUCACAAAUAAAUGGGAAGACUCGCUAUGAAUGCAAAGAGUGCAAUAAGACAUUUGGCCAACUCUCAAAUUUGAAGGUUCAUCUUAGGACGCAUACAGGAGAACGUCCCUUCAAAUGCACAGUGUGUUUGAAAGAGUUCACCCAAUUAGCACAUCUUCAAAAGCAUCACUUGGUUCACACAGGUGAAAAACCGCACCAGUGUGAAGUGUGUAAAAAACGCUUUAGUAGCACAUCUAAUUUAAAAACUCAUCUACGCCUUCAUAACGGUCAAAAGCCGUAUCCAUGUGAAUUGUGCAGUGCCAAAUUUACACAGUUCGUUCACCUAAAGUUACAUAAACGACUUCACACCAAUGAGCGGCCCUAUAACUGCUCUUGUUGCGGAAAAAAGUACACCUCUUCCUCUGGAUUAAGGACACACUGGAAGACCUGUCGACCGAUGGCAAUGAACUUACAGACAAUGAAGAUGGAAGAUGAAGAUGGCUCCGCUUUUAGGGACGAACACUGUGUCACCAGUACAACACCCGUUUCGCAAUAA